AUGAGCGGAAACGGCAGAAACACCUCUUCAAAGUUGGAUUCAGGAGAUGGACCUGAAUUUGCAUCUUAUGGUACUACUAGUAGCAACAAUUCAAACUCUUCCUAUUUGGAGAGAAACGAUAACUUAAAUCCAAGAAUGGGAUUUUCAAACGAGGAAUCUUUUUCUGGAGGCAGGUGUUCAAAUAAGGAUGACAUUGUUGUGAGUAAAGAUGACAGAGUUUCGGAUACGCAAAACACUGAUGGAAGUAACAAAAUGGAAUUGUCUCCUGUAAAUGAAAAUUUAGAAAAUAAGUACAGUCAAUCCCCAAAAACUGGUUGCAGUAGGUCAGACAGUAGAAGUAGCAGCCCAAGCCGGAGCAGGAGCAGGAGCAGGAGCCCUCGUAAUUUUAGGUGGGAUUCAAGAACCAAUGAUAGACGUGGAAUGAGGGCAGCAUGUAGAUAUUUUGCUGAUGGGAAAUGCAGAAGAGGAAGUAAAUGUCACUUCCUUCACGGUGACAAUCAAAAUGGAUCUCUCUUAUAUUCUAGUCCAAGUGGAAGAUCUAAAGGAACUUGCAUGAACUGUGAAAAUGAAAGGUGUAGAAUGGGAGAAUCAUGCAAGUAUAUGCAUCAUGAAAAUUCUAGCAAGUUCAAUAAAGCUUCUAUCGACGAAUCAACUGGGGAAAUGGAAAUUGAUAGAGAGUGCAGAGGGGGCUCUUUCGAGAAAGGUGGUCCACAUGGUAGAAACCAGAGAAGUGACAUUCCUUGCAAAUUUUAUGCAUUUGGGAAUUGUCGAUAUGGUAAAGAUUGUAGAUUUUCUCAUGAUAGGCAAGCAUGUGGGAGCCCAAGUAGAGGCUUCAAGAAUGAUUUGUUAAGGAGCAGUGGUGGAGAUCAGGCUUUGGAUAGGCCAAAAUCAAGUGAUGGACAGGAUUUAGAUGGUAGUGUGGCUGGUGCAGAUAACAAAAAAGGAAUUAUGGUUGACCCAGAACCUGGAUUUAAUACUUUGCCGGUUGAUGAUGAACGGGGCCAUAGCUUAGACAAGAACACAGUGCAUGGUGAAUCAGCAUUUUCAAGUGAUGUGAAGGAGGCCAAAAAUGAUAGUUCCAAUGUUCACACUUGUCAGUCAGUAGGCGCAGACAUUUGGCCUGGUAAUGAAGAAAUGUCUCAUAAUUGGAAUUAUGGUGUGACAUCUCCCAUCCCUAUUAAAGAAGAGCAUGAGCAGAGUAAGCAACAAGUUUCUCCAGGUAAUCACGUGCUUGAUGUUCCACUCAUUAUGCAUCCUUGUCUAUAA